UCUCUCCACAGACCUCUGUGAACAACCAAGGCAGACGCACUCUCCUCUUCCAGCUCGGUCAACACUUGGUAUCAACAUAGCCUACUUGCACUGCUUGCGCUUGGGUCCUUAACCUUUCGGAAGCUGGCUGUGCAAGGAUUCUUCGUGUUCUGUUCAAGGGAUUUCCAUCGGAGUUGGUGAAAGGUGCAUUUAUUUGCAAGGAACCUCGCUAUUCUCAUCGACUGCGACGAAAGCAUCGUAUCAGUUUUCAACUUCGCCCUUCGAACCAGUCUUUUGGUGCCAUAAUGUCCGAAGUACUGCCAUACAGCGAGGGGAAAAUGAGCGGCUAUGGAACGGACAACGAUGUCAGUCAGAUGUCUUUCAGCUGCGGGCUGCAAGACACCAACUCUUUUUUCGGGGCGUCACAGGCAAAAAGACCCCCUAAAUUGGGCCAGAUCGGCAGGGCAAAGCGAGUUGUCAUUGAAGACGACCGAAUAGACGAAGUUCUGAAGGGAAUGACAGACAAAUCAUCACCCGGCGUUUAAGCUUGAAUGAUGCCUUUCAGACAUUUUAUUUUUAUCACCGAUUUGAAGCACUUGUCGGUUGUGCAUGUUCGAGGACUGUUAUGGAGAUGGACGGCUCGAAGCGAAUACCGAGAGGGCAAAUAGGAGAACGAACGAAGAGAGAGAGAGAGGAAGCUGAAGAGAUGGAGAGACGAAGAGAGAUUUAUUUUGGGGUUGCUGGCCAUUCUCCAAUCGAAACCCUACUAACACUACUGCUGCGCAGAAAGAUAGUUGUCUGAUAACGUGCAGCUCCGUCCUUAAAACCUCUGCUGAUGUAUAGCGAUGGAUGAACUUGCCAUUAUUUCACGACCAUUCUCUUCCAAAAGGCGCUGUAAGAAACAACAAAAACUACAACUGGAGGCCGAAUUUCAUUUCAAGCACUACUUCUGUAUUUGUACAGUAUCUAAGCUCAAUGACAUUGCCCCCCAUAGCCUACGCGCUUUCACUGUCAACACAGACCGUGGCGAUGCAUUCACUGGAGCUGUUCUUUUACGCACCGUUCCAAGUUAGAGAAUGCAUUCCGAUUGCUGCUAGAAAGCUACUACCAACCGACCAACCCGACACAUAAAGUCGUCACAUAAAUUUAAGAGACCCAGUGUAUGUAAACAUAAUUCCGAAAAGGGUGCAAUGUUGGUAUUCAUUUUAUUUUCGGUUAUGCACGUUUUGAAAUAAACGUAUGCAUCUUAAUAAUAUCGGAAUAUUUUCUUUGCUGAUAUUCCCUUCUUUGGCGGUGCAUUAGAUCGCCAUUGUGUAAAUGCGCAGUUUUAUUUAACAUCAAGACGCCAGUGGAUGAGAUAUUCAUGAGCAUAAAAGUAAUAUGAAGACAACACCAAUGAUUAUUUUUUAAUUUUUGUUUCUCUCAUAACCUCAGUUGAUUUGGGCAACAUUGUUUUCGUAUAGAUAGGCCUACUUUUUUCUCCAUCUCUUUGCAUGAACUCUUUCUCCGGUGCCAAUGCAGGUGCCGCCACACUUCUUACCCUGGCACGCUUCUUUUUAAACAAAAAUCAUAUUUGUAUUUUUAUAUCUGAAUAUUUGUUAUUUAAAAUGAUAUGCUAGUCUAUCGUCUUACAAUUCAUCAACAAAAGAUGUUUGUACUUAAGAGGAAGUUCAGAUUGAGGGGAACAGGUUUGGUUUAAGGUUCCAUUCAAAAUCAAGAAUGGGACAUUUUUUAAACAAAAGACUUACUGAAUGUGUUUUGGGUUUUGCACACAUCAAUGUUUAACUAUUAUUGAGAAAUCGUAUACUGUGACUUGAGCUUCGUUGAUGAGUUUGUUAGAAAUGGCGAUUUUAGAGUCUAUUGCACUGUUUACGAGUAUCCUCAAAUAACGUGUUGUUAUUUGAUUGGUUUUGGACAUUACAGCUAUGUUUUUUAUUUUUGUUUAUUUUGUACCAUUCUUUUAAAGAAUCUGAUUAUGGUUUGUUGUGCAUGAUACCUUACAAUUUUCAAUAAUGGAACAUCGUUUUAUGAAGCAAAAAAGCAACAAAAUGUCAUGACAUUCUAAGAAUGAUUCAUUGUAUAUUAUGAUACCAUUUUCACUCUACUUGGUGAACUAAUAAAUGGUGAGAGAAUAUAUAGCA